UAUAUAGCUGUGAAGUGUAGUCGAAGUGCCACACAACGAAGAGACUUGUUAGCUACGACUACGAGAAUGGCCAAGCUAGUAGUGUCUGAGAUUCGGAGGUCUCAGCGGGCGGAGGGGGCUGCGGCGGUGCUGGCCAUCGGCACCGCCAACCCUCCCAACGUCGUCUACCAGGCCGACUACCCGGACUACUACUUCCGCAUCACCAGAAGCGAGCACCUCACCGAGCUCAAGGAAAAAUUCAAGAGAAUGUGUGAUAAAUCGAUGAUCAGGAAGCGUCACAUGUACUUGACGGAGGAGAUCUUGAAGGAGAACCCGAAGAUGUGCGCGUACAUGGAGCCGUCGCUGGACGCCCGGCAGGACAUUGUGGUGGUGGAGGUGCCGAAGAUGGGGAAGGAGGCUGCGGCGAAGGCGAUCAAGGAGUGGGGGCAGCCCAAGUCCAAGAUCACCCACCUCGUCUUCUGCACGACCAGCGGGGUCGACAUGCCCGGCGCCGACUACCAGCUCACCAAGCUCCUUGGCCUCCGCCCGUCGGUGAACCGCUUCAUGAUGUACCAGCAAGGCUGCUUCGCCGGCGGCACCGUCCUCCGCCUCGCCAAGGACUUGGCGGAGAACAACCGCGGCGCCCGCGUCCUGGUCGUCUGCUCCGAGAUCACGGCGGUGACCUUCCGCGGGCCUUCCGACUCGCACCUCGACAGCAUGGUGGGGCAGGCUCUGUUCGCGGACGGCGCCGCCGCGAUCAUCGUCGGCGCGGACCCGGACCCGGCGACUGAGCGGCCGCUGUUCGAGCUGGUGUCGGCGAGCCAGACGAUUCUGCCGGACUCGGAGGGGGCGAUCGACGGCCACCUGCGGGAGGUGGGGCUGACCUUCCACCUGCUUAAGGACGUGCCGGGCCUCAUCUCCAAGAACAUCGAGAAGAGCCUGGCGGAGGCGUUCAAGCCGCUGGGCAUCAGCGACUGGAACUCCCUCUUCUGGAUCGCCCACCCGGGCGGACCCGCCAUCCUCGACCAGGUGGAGGCCAAGCUUGCGCUCGACAAGAACAAGAUGAAGGCCACGAGGGACGUGCUGAGCGAGUACGGCAACAUGUCCAGCGCCUGCGUCCUCUUCAUUCUCGACGAGAUGAGGCGCCGCUCGGCCGAGGAGGGGAAGGCCACCACCGGCGAAGGGCUGGAAUGGGGAGUUCUCUUCGGCUUCGGCCCCGGCCUAACCGUCGAGACCGUCGUCCUGCACAGCGUCCCCAUCGCCGCCGCUCACUGAUCCAUCCAUCUUCAGGCCAUCGCCGUCCACCCAACGCGAGAUCCUUUAUUAGCCACUGUGCGUUUGUGUUCGAUCGACUAGAUAAUUAUAAUAUGUAUGGCAAAUAAGUUGGUAAUAAUUAUAAUUGUGAUAUUGCAGGCUUGCAGCAAUUAAUUCGCGUACGUCGAAAUUGAAGAACAUGUUUGAAUAUUGAACACAAUGCGUUUUGUUUUGUACUAAUAAAUUGAGCAAUUCAAGAAUUA